UUCCUGUUGGGGUUGAGAUCAGGAAAAGGAGGAGGGAUAGGAGAGAGCUUGAUCUGUGGUGAAAGAGGAGCAAGAAAGUCAAUGAGGCACUUGGAAAGAGUAGCUGCCUUGUAGUUGUCUCUCCUUCUUUCCAAGGAGGAGGAGGAAGAAGAAAGGGAGAGGAAGCCUUCCUAUUGGGGUUGAGAUCAGGAAAAGGAGGAGGGUUGGGACAAAGCCUGCUCAGUGGUGAGAGGAAGAGACGAAGGAGCAAAGUCGGGGCUGGUUGGAACCAAAGCACCGCUUGGAGCAAGACGCCUUGGAGUUGUCUCCAGUUCUCCACUUCUUUCCAAGGAGGAGGAAGAAGGAGAGAGGAAGGCUGGGACCGGGGCGGUGCCUGCCUGUGUGUGCUUUCCUCCUGGCCCCGUGGCUUCCUUGCCUUGCCCUCUUCCUCCUCCUCCUCCUCUCUUCCUCUUCUUCUUCCUCCUCCUCGGUGCGCCUUUUGCGCCUCGCUCUUGGAGAGCUUUUGGAGAGGCACGUCCUGAGCCUUCCUCUCCUCUCUCGGGGUUGUCUCCUCUGCUGGCUUCUCCCCGAAGUGAGGAUGAUGCAGCCCCGCAGCCCGCAGCCGCCCGAGCAGGACAGCAGCCCGCCGCCUCCUCCUCUCAAGAAGGAUGUGGAGCUGAUCCUGGUCAAGGAGCAGAACGGCGUCCAAUACACCAGCACCAGCCUCUUGGAGAGCGGCGGUGGCCCUUUCCUCAGCGGAGAGACCCCUUUGCCGGAGAGGGAGACCUGGGCCAAGAAGAUCGACUUCCUCCUCUCUGUCAUCGGCUUCUCGGUGGAUCUGGCCAACGUCUGGAGGUUCCCUUACCUCUGCUACAAGAACGGAGGAGGUGCUUUCCUCAUUCCUUACAUCCUCUUCCUCAUCAUUGCCGGGAUGCCUUUAUUCUAUAUGGAACUAGCAUUGGGUCAGUAUAAUCGGGAAGGAGCUGCAACCGUAUGGAAAAUCUGCCCACUUUUCAAAGGUGUGGGCUAUGCCGUGAUACUCAUCGCUCUCUACGUAGGCUUCUACUACAAUGUUAUCAUUGCCUGGUCUCUGUAUUAUCUGUUUUCAUCAUUUACAUUGGGGGAGCUUCCUUGGACGAAAUGCGGCAAUCCCUGGAACAGUCCCAACUGCACAGAUCCGAAAAACGCCUCCGCCUUCAUCCCUGGGACCUCUUAUGCCAAGUACAAGAUUACGCCUGCAGCUGAAUUUUAUGAGCGGCAAGUUUUGCAACUCAACAAAAGCCGUGGGAUCCAAGACGUUGGCAUGCCACGGUGGGAGCUCACACUAUGUCUCCUUGUGGUUGUGAUCGUCCUUUUCUUUAGCCUGUGGAAAGGUGUGAAGACUUCAGGAAAGGUUGUAUGGAUUACGGCCACAUUGCCUUAUCUUGUAAUAUCUGUGCUCUUAGUCCGUGGGCUGACUUUGCCUGGUGCAUAUGACGGAAUCAGAGCAUACCUCAACAUAGAUUUGAGAAGACUAAAAGAAGCCACGGUUUGGAUUGAUGCAGCCACUCAGAUAUUUUACUCUUUAGGAGCUGGGUUUGGGGUCUUAAUUGCUUUUGCCAGCUACAAUGAAUUUAACAACAAUUGUUACAGUAUCCCCCUGUCUCGAACCCUCAUGGAUCAACUGUGUCCACCGCGUUUCAUCUCAGGAUUUGCCAUUUUUUCUAUCUUGGGCUAUAUGGCUCAUGAGUACAAAGUUGACAUUAAAGAUGUGGCCACUGAAGGACCUGGAUUAGUUUUCAUCCUUUAUCCAGAGGCAAUUUCAACCCUGAAAGGAUCAACGUUUUGGGCAAUCGUGUUUUUCAUCAUGUUGCUUACGCUGGGCAUUGACAGUUCUAUGGGUGGCAUGGAGGCUGUCAUCACUGGUUUGGCAGAUGACUUCCAGAUCAUAAAACGGCGGAGGAAGCUUUUCACCUUCUGCGUCUCUUUCGGCACUUUCCUUCUUGCUCUCUUCUGCAUAACAAAUGGUGGAAUCUACGUGCUUACCCUACUAGACACAUUUGCUGCAGGAACGUCCAUCUUGUUUGCUGUUUUAAUGGAAGCCAUUGGUGUUUCUUGGUUUUAUGGUGUGGACAGAUUCAGUGAAGAUAUCCAACAAAUGAUGGGUUUUAAGCCAGGCCUCUAUUGGAGAUUGUGCUGGAAAUUUGUGAGCCCAGCAUUUUUGUUGUUUGUGGUAAUAGUCAGUGUUACAACUUUCAAACCUCUGACCUACGAUGAAUACGUCUUCCCAUCGUGGGCCAAUACUGUCGGAUGGGGCAUAGCGUCGUCUUCGAUGAUCCUUGUGCCGGCCUGCAUUCUGUAUAAAUUACUGAAAGCACGGGGGACCUUUAAACAAAGACUAGCCUACUGCAUCACACCUGAGAACGAACACCAUCUUGUAGCAGAAGGGAACGUGAGACAGUUUAAGCUCAAGCAUUGGCUAUCUAUAUGAUGUCAGGGAUUUCAGGAGAAGAGUCCAUCUAUUUUAAAGCUAUAUUGGGAAUACCCGAGAAGUCACCACCAAAGUUCUCAACCACGUCUGGUUCUUGUUGACUGGCUGGAAGGCACCAAAGAUCACCUCCGGAUUACUUUGGGUGACCAUUCACCUUCCGUUCUGUAAUGCCUGGUCAUUCCAAUUUCUUCAAAUGAAUUUCCCAAAUGGCUUGUA